CCAUGAUACAUUCAGAUAUAUCACAGAAGAGCGUGUGUAUUACGUUGUACGAGCUCGAAAUGAAACAAUUUUGAUUCUUUUUUACAUAUAUUUGUCUUUUCUCGGUCUAAUAUCGUCCCAUCAUUUUAAAUCUAACGCAUCUAUCGGAUUGUUUUACGUUUGAAACAUGCCAAGGGAUAUACGAUCCUAUUUCUCAAGUGCUAAAACCAAUACCACUUCUGUUUCUACAAAAACUGCAAAAAGACGAAGACUUUCGUCUGAUGAAGAUGAUGUAGAGAUAUUAUCUCCGGUGAAACUAUCAAAGAAAACAAAAAAAUUAGGAAAUAAUUCUGUGUCACCUGUUUCUGAUGAAAACGCGAAAGAAAAGAAAGUUGUUACUCCUACUGCUAAGUUUGGUAAGAAACCAAUAAGUAGACAAGAGGCACCAAAAAUAUUGAAACAACUGCAAAAGGAGGAAGCUAAGAGUCAUAAUGAUGAUGAUUUUGAAUGUACUUUAAUCGAAUUAGAUACAUCUGAUAUCGAGCAGAAAUAUUUAGCAGAAACUAAACCUGAUAAAGAUCCAUUUUGUAGUAAACGCAAAGAAGAUGAUAUUCAUACAAUCAGUGCUGGGAACAAAAAAGAAGAAAAAACACCCAUUAAGAAGAAAGAUAAUGUUAAAAAGAAAGAGACACCUGAAAAAUCUAAUGUAAACAGAACUAACAAAACAUCUGAAUUAAAAAAUAAAAAACAUUCCAAUGACAGUUUAAGCAAAGAUAUAGAGAUAUACAAACAUGAUAAUAAAUCUAAGAAUGUAGAAAAACCAUCCAUACCUAAAGUUGGUAUUUCUAAAAUUGAAAUCAAGCACGAAGAACCGAAGAGGAAAGUAUCUCCUAAGAAGACAGAAGUACUGGACGUAUAUGAAGAAAGAAUUGAAAGAAAGAAAUACAAUGCUGCAAGGUAUCAGCAAUACCUUCAAAGAGGAGGAGCAAGACAUCCAGGAUCUAAAAAAAUUCCUGAGGGUGCUGAAUAUUGUCUUGCAGGAUUAAGUUUCGUAAUUACUGGUGUUUUGGAUUCUUUGGAAAGAGAGGAAGCCGACGAACUUAUAAAACAUUAUGGUGGACGAAUUGUACACCAAGUCUCAAAGAAAACUAAUUAUAUCAUAAUAGGAGAUCAACCUGGUCCUGCAAAAGUGGCAAAAGCAACUAAUUUGAAUGUGAAACAAAUAUCGGAGGAUGAUCUGUUAGAGAUGAUUCGUACACGGCCUGCAGGUCAGGCUGAUAACGUAACACAAUUACGGACAAAAUCAAACGAUAGAACGAAAUGUAAGUCUACAGAAUCGGAAGAUAUGUCUCCUUCACCACCAAAGAAAAUUAAAAAUAUGGCAAAUGAAAAAACAGAAAAAUUAACAAAAAUAAGUUCUCCACGUAAAAAAGAACAUACUAAUAAAGUCACCGAAAUCUCAAAGAAAAUACAUUCGCCAGAUAGUAAAAAAUAUUGUGAUGAACCUAUAAAAAAAACAAGUCGGUCGCCUUCUAAAAAAAAACACGAUGUUAAAGAUACAACGAAAGUAGCAAACAUAGCACCACCAAUUGAGAAAGAACAAACUGAAAUAAAUGAACCUCUCAUAGAAAACGAAAUAGAAACUAAUGAUGCAAAGCACGUACAAAAAGAAACGGAUUCCUUACAGUAUGUAGAUUCAAUGUCAGAUAUAAAUGGAAAUAUAUCAACACAGGCGUUGGUCGAAAAAUAUAGACCUAAAACUAUGAAACAGAUUCUUGGACAACAAGGAGAUAAAAGUAAUGCCAAAAAACUGCAUAAAUGGUUAAUGAAUUGGCAUAAAAAUCAUAGUGGUCAUGUUAAACACGUCAAACCCAGUCCCUGGGCAAAAAGUGAUGACGGAGCUUUCUUCAAAGCCGCUUUAUUAUCCGGCCCUCCUGGUAUUGGAAAAACUACAACAGUUCAAGUUGUUUGUAAUGAAUUGGGGUUUGAUCUCGUAGAAUUCAAUGCAUCAGAUACCAGAAGCAAAAAACUGUUGCAACAAGAAGUAUCAGAACUUUUAUCUAAUACUUCCUUAAAGGAUUACUUCAAAGACACUAAACAUAAGCCAUCGUUAAAUCAUGUUCUGUUAAUGGAUGAGGUUGAUGGUAUGGCUGGUAACGAAGAUCGUGGUGGUCUACAGGAAUUAAUUAGUUUAAUAAAAUCAACUGAGGUACCAAUUGUUUGUAUCUGCAAUGAUCGAAAUAAUCCUAAGAUGAAGACGCUCUCUAAUUAUGUAUUCGACCUUCGAUUUACGAAGCCUAGAUUGGAACAGAUUAGGGGGGCAAUGAAAUCUAUAUGUUUCAAAGAACAUAUUAACAUCUCGACAGAAGAUCUUGAUCGUUUAAUCGAAUCAACCAAUCAAGAUAUUCGGCAAGUGAUAAAUCAUUUAGCAAUGUUCGUUGAAAAGACUGGUUGUCAAGAGAAGUCUGAGAAAAGACAUGUAAACAAAGACCUAAAAUUGGGUCCUUGGGAUGUUGUGAAAAAAGUAUUUAGUGCUGAGGAACACAAACAUAUGAAUAUUCAUGAGAAAAGUGACUUAUUUUUCCACGAUUAUAACAUAGCAUCAUUAUUUGUACAAGAAAAUUAUUUAUUAGUCACACCUCAAGGGUCGAAAAACAAACUACUGGAAAAGGUAGCCGAAAGUGCUGAAAGUUUAGCGCUGGGAGAUAUAGUUGAAAAAUCGAUAAGAAGUAAUGGUGCUUGGUCUCUUUUGCCAAUGCAAGCAUGUUAUUCUUCCGUUAUACCUGGAACAGUAAUGUCUGGUUAUAUCAACUCCCAAAUUAAUUUUCCGUCUUGGCUUGGACGUAACUCAAGAGCUAAUAAAUUUGAUAGAUUGGCACAAGAGAUAACUGUGCACACACGUUUAACUACUGGUGUAAGUAAGGAAGCGAUAAAGUUGGAUUAUAUAAAACCUCUCAGGGAUGCUGUACUCAGACCUUUAGCAGUCGAUGGUACUCAAGGAGUAGAUACAGCAGUGAAUGUUAUGAAUCACUAUCACUUAAUCAGAGAAGAUUUGGAUUCUUUGUUAGAAAUUUCGUUGUGGCCUGGUGAUCGUGAUCCUAUGCAAGUUAUCGAUACUAAGGUAAAGGCAGCAUUUACAAGGGCAUGUAAUAAAAACCUGGCAGCUGUACCAUAUACAGUGAGUGGUACAUCAAAGAAGAAAGUAGGUCAGCAGUCUGAAACUUAUUUAGAAGAGGAAGAAACAGCGGAGGUGAAUUCUGAUGAUGAUAAUGAUGAUAAUGUUGAAACUGACAAAAUGAUUAAGGCGAAAAAACCUGCAAGUAAGAAAACUGCAUCAAAAGAUAAAAGUAACGAUAAAACCCAAACAAAAGGUAAAAGUAUCAAGGCCAGUAAACGUGGAAAAGGACACGGAAAGACAAAAUAACAUAAAUAUUGUAAAAUUGGAA